UUUAUCCUCUUCCGUACGCUUUCAAGCGUACGUCCCUUGUUCCGACCCGUUGGAGAUUCCUUGGCCAGGAGGAAGAAGGAUGCCAGCGUCUUCUUAUCGCCAGCAGCAAGGCGUGAACUGGGGUCUGGUCGUCGGCGGCGCCGUAGCGACGGUCUUGUCGCUGGCAUUCACACGGAGUAGCAAGAACAAGAGCAAGAACAAGGCGGCGGCGGCGGCGGCAGCGAUUCACCCCGAGCAGCACGGCAAUGGUCUCGCAGCGAUGGAUGCCGAGUGCAUGGUGUUGCGUCGCGAAUCGAGUAGCGGCAGUAGCAGCAGUGGCAGCAGCAGUGAGAUUUCUUCCGAUGGAAUCGUGCAUCGCCAAGCCGUGCAUCGAUUGAGACACCAGCUCAAGAGCCGGGAGGAGAUGAUCAUGGAGAUGCAAGCACAGCUAUCGAGCAAAGAGAAGGCGCUCCACUCACACACCUCUCUCAUCGCCAAUCUCGAGCGGCAACUCAAGGAAGCCAACGAUUCAAUCUUUGAGGUAGAGCGAGUAAUCCAGGAGCUUCACGGGCCCAAGGCCAACACCAGCACAGGGCAAUCCUCUGGAUCAUCUGGGACGACAGAAGUGGCAAUCGACAUGGGAACCCAGUGCAGCAGCGAUAGCGAUGAGCACCAAGAACACGAGUUGGAAGGAGAAAACAAGCUGAUCGUCAAGAACAGCGGGAAGAACAGCGAGAACAACGAGAUGGUGUUGCAUGCAAAGGAAGGUGACUAUCAGCUGGUUUUCGAGAGAGCCAAGCAUCUGGAAGCGGAAUUGCUGGGAAUUCGUGCCAUGGCACAAGAGAUGGCCUCGCUGCUGGAAAUGUCCGAGCGAGAACGAUUGAGGCUCCAUCACGUUGUAAGUCAACUCCAACAAAAGCUUGCGUUCCAGGCAAAAGAGCUGAACACGAUGCGAGCGACGACACACUUUCUCAAGGUGUCUCUCGGAAGCCGGAGAUCCGGGGAUCACUACACAGACUUAUACAACAAAGCUGCCAGAUUAUCGAGGGACGAGGAUGGCAGCCCCUUACAACUCAGAAGCAGUAACGAUCCUUCAACACAAGCAGCACGACCCACCAAGCAGCGGUAUAGUGAAUCAGCGUCGGUUGACAGCAGCUUGGAAGUCUCGGAGAUCAUCGAUCCUUCUGUGAGGGACGAAAACUCCACGAGCAGCUCAACGGGAUCGUACUGGUCAUCAGGUGGUCGAGACGAUCAAGAGCUAGAGGAGGAACAGGAGGGUGGACGGAUGGCGGACUACAGGAGUUACGAUUCUCCAGGCGUAGUACGGAUAGGAAGUCCCACGAUUGUGGGAAGCAGGAGCUCGAUGGAGAGUGGCACAGCACAGAGGUACUUGUUCAGCGACGAUCAAGAGCUGGGAGAGAGCGAAGAACUGGAAGGAGAAGAAGAGUUUGCUACUGCUCCUACUGCGAGAACCACUCGAUCUUCUCUGGAAGCAGUAGUGGAAGAGGAAGAGGAAGGGUCGUCUGGAUCGAGCGCGGUGAUGGAAGAAAUGCUGGACGAAACGCUCGAAGAUCUUGUCAAAGCCACGACGCCGCGUGCCACUACCAUCACUGGACGACGCUCUGUAUGAUAUGAUCUUAGUAGCAUUUAAACAAAAACCCUUGGUGUUCCA